GUAAAGUUGAUGCUUUUGGAAGCCGCAUCAUGUUUACCUAGUUGUUGCCUGUGCCUUGGUGUAAAAUUAUCUCUUUGUGCUUGAAUCAUGAAACAAUCGGGUAUGAGAUCCUCAUCAAAUUAUUAACUACUGUUUAAACAAGUAUAUACUUCUGGCUUUUGUUCAUUAUUUAUUCACUUAAUGAGUCGUGAUAUAUUUUCUCAUUGUUUAUUAGUGGCAGAAUGAGAAAUUUAGAAAAGAACAUGUUUACAAAAGAAGCUUUAGCUUUGGCUUGGCGAUAUUUUUUACCUCCAUACACCUUCCAGAUCAGAGUUGGUGCUUUGUAUCUGCUAUAUGGAUUAUAUAACACCCAACUGUGUCAACCGAAACAAAAGAUCAGAGUUGCCCUGAAGGAUUGGGAUGAAGUUUUGAAAUUUCAGCAAGAUUUAGUAAAUGCACAGCAUUUUGAUGCGGCUUAUAUUUUUAGGAAGCUACGACUAGACAGAGCAUUUCACUUUACAGCAAUGCCCAAACUGCUGUCAUAUCGGAUGAAGAAAAAAAUUCACCGCACUGAAGUUACAGAAGAAUUUAAGGACCCAAGUGAUCGUGUGAUGAAACUUAUCACUUCUGAUGUAUUAGAGGUAAAUUUGCUUUUGUGCUCUUGCAAGUUUUUAAAAAUUGUUUUAUUGCCAGCUACAUAUUGAGGUUAUACCUUCAUC